CUUCAGAAUGUUUAUUUCCAAUUGUGAAAUUAACGGGACUUUACUUUGUGAUUGUUACUUUUCGAAAUAUGCUGGAGGCACGAUUAACAUGCACUUUGCUGCUAAAGAAAAUCGUUGAUGCUCUGAAAGAGAUAAUCCCUCAGGGAACGCUGGAUUGCAGCGAUUCUGGCUUGCAGCUGCAAUCAAUGGACAAUUCGCAUGUGUCACUAGUCGCUCUUUGCUUGAAAUCAGAAUGCUUCGAGAAGUUCCGAUGUGAUCGCAAUGUAUCCUUGGGACUGGACCUUAAAUCCCUGGCCAAGGUGUUGAAGUGCGCCAAUAGCGACGAUAUGGUCACAAUAAAGGCCAUCGACAAACCCGACAAGAUCCUGUUGAGCUUCGAAUCGGAUGGCAAGGAACGCACAGCGGACUACGAACUGAAAUUACUAAAUCUGGAUCAGGAUCACUUGGGGAUUCCAGACACGGACUACUCCUGCAUAGUCCAACUACCGUCGAUGGAGUUCGCCCGCAUCUGCCGGGACAUGAGCAUGUUCAGUGAAUCCCUAACGAUCGCCUGCUCCAAACAGGGUGUCAAGUUCUCGGCCAACGGGGAUUUGGGUUCGGCCAAUAUCCAAUUGAGUGAGGGUAGCAAAAUGGACGUCAGCAUCGAGGUGAAGGAUCCACUGACCCAGACCUUCGCCGGUCGGUACCUGAACACCUUCACCAAGGCCACUCCGCUGGCGGAUCGGGUCAAGAUUUGCCUGGCCCCCGAGGUGCCGCUCCUGGUGGAAUAUCCCAUCGAGGAUUUUGGCUACAUCCGAUACUAUCUCGCCCCCAAGGUGGAUGAAGCCGACUCGUAAUUGACUUAAGUACAAUUAUCAGCUUUCUGUUUAACCUUUUUCUAACAACAUUUUUAUAGAACUAACUCUAACUCUGAUGCUUGACUGAAAAUGUCCAAAGAUUUAAAGACAACACGAAUAUAACACGUAAAAGACACAUCCAGAAAACCUAUUUAAUCCAUUUGUUGUUUUAUUUUUUUAAUGUGAUUUUGUAUAAACAACCACGCAUUGAUUGAUUUUUAUUAAUAUUCGGUUAAGAU